CUGGACCGGCAAUGCACGGCGCACUAUAACACCAUGCUUUCCUUCGUCAGACCCAGCGGAGCUCUCUCACUAGCGCAUAUCACUUGUGUGCCGAGCUGUAGACUCAGUCCAGACACGCUUCAGAUCGGCACAGAGAGGCGCCACUGAGAUGAGCAAAGAACCAGAGAGCACCGUGUUACUUUAACUGCAGCCGUACUGAAGACGAAAGAGUGGGAUAACGCAUCUUGAUAACCAGGAGAAAACAAAGCGGCACAAAGCGAUUGUAAAAGACUGAACUGAAAUGAGGCUCUGAUGUUUAAAGAUCCCAGAGGAUGAGGAAACACGCUCCUGACUAAGAGGAAAGUAAGCUCAUGCCAGUCAUCUGAAAGAAACAUAGAGUAAGCAAACAAAAACAAGAGGCUUGUUGACUGGACUUGUUUUGCUUGGACUCUGUGCAUGGAAGCUUCAGGUCCUCCAUGGCGUGUUACUAUAUUGUUAUCAGCUCCACGCACCUCAGCAAUGGACACUUUCGAAACAUCAAAGGAGUUUUUCGAGGUCCCCUGAGCAAGAAUGGCAACAAACAUUUGGACUAUGCCGAGAAAGAGAAAACCUUGGCCAAAGCCCUGGAAGACCUCAAGGCAAACUUCUACUGUCAGCUGUGUGACAAGCAGUACUACAAGCAUCAAGAGUUUGACAACCAUAUCAACUCAUAUGACCACGCUCACAAACAGAGACUGAAGGAGCUGAAGCAGAGAGAGUUUGCCCGCAACGUGGCCUCCAAAUCCAGGAAAGAUGAGAGGAAACAGGAGAGAGCUCUUAGACGCCUGCAUGAGCUCGCUGAACAGCGCAGGGAGGUGCAAUGUGCUCCAGGAAGUGGUCCAAUGUUCAAAUCUACCACAGUGGCAGUUGAAGGCACUUUCAGGGAGUCCUGCUGUGAUGAUAACCAAGAAGAGAACCAAAGCUUUGCGGCUCAGGACAUAGGGGGUCAGAUCCAUUCCAGUGGCUGUGGUUUAGCUAGUAAGCAGUCACCAUGGCCAUACAAUGGGAGGGCCAAAAAGCAAACUUUCAGACGCAAAAUUGCAUUCUCUUUUUCCUUUCCAAAGAAAGCAUCUGUAAAGCUUGAGUCAUCAGCUGCGGCUUUCUGCGAGAGCACAGAGGAAGGAUUGAUGGAGCGGAGAAACAGACAAAGACUCCGUACACCCCCUGUCGAGCUUGACCUUCCCAGUUCCCCCACAGAGGAGAAAGAACUAAAUUGUGAGGAGGCAAUUUACCACACUGGCACACAGCAGGGCCAGUCUGUCCAAAAAAGUGACAGCGCGGAAAGUCAGGGUUCAUCAGAUAUGCCUGUGGGGGCGGAGAGCCCCUUAUCAACUGCCUCAGAUUUGUGUGCUUUGCUUGUUUAUUCAGAAGAGGUGGCCAGUCCCUCAGUCUCGCUCUUAACAGCAUCCCCUUGUCAUUUAAACAGUACUGAUAGUCUUCUUAAUUUAGAGGACUCUGUUGAAAGCUUGAAAAGCAGUAUUGCUGAAAGUAAACCUGAGACCACUCAGGAGGGGACAGUAGAGGAGAGCAGCAUUACAGAGAAAGAGCACUCGAUUAUCAAUGAUCCUCCUGAAAAGAGUGUCUCAGAUGUGUCAGAGAAGAAUGAUUCUCCUGAAAGCCAAGUGCGAGCUGUGGAUGCAACUACAAAGACAUCUUACUCUUUCACAAAGCCCAGUCAGCCUUUCUUCUCUGUCCUAAGCAGGGAUGGUAACACCAUCUUCCAGUGGCCCUCUGAGAUGGUGACCUUUACAAGGACAGAUCCGUCCCUCUCCUUCAGUUGCAACCCCCUCCAUUUUGAUUUCAAGAGGUCACGGAUUAGAAAGCCUGUUGAGACUCAGGAGAUGCCUGAGCCCAAAACUGAUGAGGAAUUACCUGUCUGCUCAAGUUUCAAAUCUUGCCACUCUGACAAGCACAUUGAGGAAUUCACAGCCAGUCCCAGAAACAGUCCCAGCCGAGGACCUGAAAGCAAGGUCAGGCGGUGUCAUCAGUAUUCAAGUGACACAGAGAGUUGUGUUGGACUGAAAACAUAUGACAGGUGUAGACAUUCCAAAGAUUGGAUCCACACAAGUAAGACAACGGAAAAGAAAUUGCUGGCCAGGCAUCAGCGUCAUUACAGGAGCCACACAAAAAGAAAAAGGAGGCGGCGGAAGAGGAGAAGAGAGAGACACUGGAAAACUGAGAGCAAAAUGGUAAAAUGUAAGAAAUUCUACAGACAACCUGAGUGUUUGGAAGAGCUAGAUAGCCAAUUUAGGGGGACCACUUCACAGCAAGUGCAGCCAUUAGAGAAGUCAAAGCAAUCAGCUCAAAAUCAGGCUGAGGACAGCAGCACAGCUCCCUUAGUUGAGAAUGGGGUGGGAUGCAAGAGUCAGGAGGCAGCAGCUGAUGUAAACGGCUCAGCGGGCUCUAUCAUUUCCUCUGAUGAGUUCUGUGUCGAUGGUGAAAAGGUGCUUGGGAACAGCGGGGUAAAGCCUGACAAUCCAGCUGCAGGGGAGCUAACAAUCAUAGAACAGCCAAGUUUCUACAGCCAAGAUGCAUCUCACUCUCAAAGUGCCAGCACAGACCAGGGAUGCCCAAAGGUGAUGUCUGCACCAGAAGAGAUCGACAGGCGUGGACUAUAUGAGGGACACAUUUUUAAAAGGCAACGUACAGAUUCUCUAAGCAGUGGAGAUGAGGCCAGGCUAGAUGAGUUCUGUAACCUCUGUCAAUCAUCAGCUGAGAUUUCUGAUCAGUGUUUAUUAGAAGAAAUUAGCUCUGCGGGCACCGAGCUUACUUGUUGUGAACAUGGAAUAAGAAAGAAAAGACUGAGACGGUCAUGUGUCCAAGAUCAAACACCAUGCCUUGCAAAUGAUUGUCACAGUUUAAAGAACAGUCAUUUGGAAGAUCAGGAAAAGGCUACAGAGGAGUCAAGCAUGAAUUGCCUUGUUUUAAAAGGCGUGUGUGACAGCUCAAAUGGGUCAGAUCCAAUCUCAUGCAGUAUUGAUGAUAGAGAAAGCAGUGAGGUUGAUUCUCAGACAUUUACUUCCAUUAGCUGUGCCCUGGGUCAUACUGUGGUGGAUAGCAGUGACUGGCAGCAAAGCUCCUCCUCUCAGAUCAAUGCUUCAUGCACCAAGGGCAGCCUAGCUUUACUUGAGACAGAUUUAAAGCUCUCGAAGGAACUAACAAAAGAGAACAGCAACAUCCACAGUAGCGAGUCUAAAGCAGUACAAACCCCUGUAAAGAUCUGUAACAAGUAUUCAGUGGCAGCACAGGCCUGCUUACUCAAUGCCCUGCAAAGGACUGAAAAAAACACUCACGACAAAUCAUGUCAACAUAGCAUUCAAACCCCACCACAGAGAUUUCACCUAGGCAUUCAGACUGAGGAGAUGUUGAGCAGGGAGUGCUUCCACACGACCAGCAACCUGUUUCAGCAUUCUCCAUCUUUCCAGCACCCCUCAGACGGCUUGGAGAGACACUGUCUCCUGCAGAUACAGAGCCAUGGACAGGUGCUACACCAGCAGGUGUUCCCCACCAAGCUCAAAUCUGUUCUGCCCAGGCCACAUCUGCCCAUGUCAUCUGGUGUUCUCCAUCCAGUUCACUUGUCAUCCUCUGUGCCUUCUGGCUCGAUCACGAUACGUCACACAAUCCUCCAGCAUCACACACCUUUCCUGGCCCCACAACCCCAACUUUUCCAGCAGGUUGUGCCUGUUUCUCGAUUUCCCCUGGGACCGGAGAUUUGUCCCCCAGCUGCUCCUCCCUUUGUGACCCCUCCACAAAUGCCAGUCGUGGCAGCACCCCCCAGUAUUCACCCUAUGACUGUGACAUUUCAUGCCAUGCCGCGACCUGCUAUGUUUUCACCCAUGCUACCCUCUCAUCCUACUGUCAUUCCCUUGCAGCCACUCUUCUAGUCUUUGUAUGUUACAAAAUGUAUUUUGUACUGCAAUGGUGAGGGCAACAUUGGCAGUAUUGCUUUCUGAGUAAGAAUGUUGAGAUUAGUCCCUGGGUAACAUACAGUACGGUUGUCCUUAGAGUUUGGAAAGAAUGCUGAUUGUGUGCAAUUUUGUCAGUAGAGAUUUGUGCAGAGAACAACUGUGUAAUACUUUAUUAGAAAGUGUGCAGUAUAAUCUACCUACCUGAUUCAUUCUGAUACCUAUUUUAUUAGAAAUCGCUGGCCAUAGUACAGAUUUUAACUAAUUUGUAUUACCACAAAGACUGUAGUUUAUCACAGGCAAAAUGAUUAUUGAAAUACGAAUUUUAGAAUCGCAUCAUAGUAGAAAGAAAUUAUUAAAUAUCAUGAAUACUUAAUUAUGUAUGCAUUAGUCUAUAUACUGUUAGAGAUAAUGACCAAAUUUUCUUAUUAUAAUAAUAAUAAUACUAUUUACAAUGACAAUAGUGAAUAUGAUGGUUGCUAUUGAUUUGCAAUCUGUAGUAAGUCCUUAAUGAUCAUAUGUAAAGAUACAAUAUGUAAAGUUUACAGAGAUAACAGUAAAACUGCAAAGAAUUUACAUAACACAGACCUUCAUCAAAUGUGUCAGUGUUUAAACCGAAUCACCCUGGUACUAAUGUAAGAUAGUACUUUCUUUUAAUAUACAGCUGCUGUGCCUGUCAAAGGUUAUAGUGGAAUGCAGCAGAAUAGCGCUAUGCACCGUGUGCUAUGACAGCACUGUGUUGAACACAUACAUAGUGCUCAUUUAUAUGAGUAGUCUUUAUGCAAAUUUAAAAACCCAUAGCAUGUAAUGGGAGCGCUGAAUGUGACUGUUGAAAGCUGAGCUGAUAUGGACAAAUUAUAUUUCUUAUUUUGCUAAUUACCGACAGUGUCAACCUCAGUACAGCGAAUACACAAACAUGCCGAGUGACAGUUUGGUUUAGGCUACAGAAUGGGUUAUGUGUGGAUUUUACUUUAGAUUUACAUGCUAUUAUUAUAACAAUUUGAAAAGAAGCACAAAAAAUUGCCAAGUGCAAUUCAACACGUGAGUGUUUCAUGUAUCCCAUAUCAUGUAUCCUGCUUGGAUUAAGACAACAUAGUAGAUCUAUUGGAUGAGUACAUGCUCUUGAACAUAGAGCACCCUGCCCUGUAGCAUUUCUUUAGGAAAUAUUAUUUUGCAUUACCUUUUCCUUAUGCUGUUUGGAAACCUGAAUCUGCCAGAUAAAGUUAAAGCAAUUGUUGACGUUUUCAGUUUGAUUGCCAUAUUACACAUGGAUAUAAAGAUUACAAGCCUUGGUGAUAAAAUUCUCAUAAUAUGAUCAAUUGCACACAUAUUUGAUCAGAUUUUUCAUGGAAUCCCGCUGUAAUUCCAAAACAGAAAUUCAGUUUUGUUAGCAAAGGAAUUAAUUUCUCUUGCUUGCAUCAGAUGAAAGAGACUAAACUCAAGAGAAGGAUUCAUUUACUUAUUUAAGACACUAACUACUUAUAUACUUGAAUGAAAAGCAAGUCUAGUUAGUUCAAGAAGACCAGAGAAAAUUCUGUGUGUGUUUGAAUUUUCACAAUCCUUUCAUUUUUAAAGGAGAUGUGUUCUGGAAUUAAUGAUUUUCUCAAUAGCCAUAUGGAAAGUAGACUGUACUAAAUUCAUUCUUAAUAUUUAUGAUCAACCAUAUGUUUUUACUUUUAAUUUAUUUUUGAUAUCGUUAUUGUUUUAAAAGUAAGUAAAAUAUAUACAGUUCCACAAUUAUAUUGCACCACUCUUAGUAAACAAUGUGAAAAAAUUCCAUAGAAAUUACAAUGUUAUUGCA